UGCUCAGUAUCUUUACGGAAGCCGGUUAGGGAGGAGUUGGUGUAGGUGGGGGGGAAAGAGGAGGCGGCCUUUAGGGCCUCUGGAGGAGGAGAAGGGGGAGGAGGAGGAGGAGGUAAAGGCUAAGGAGGAAAGACGCGGACCCGAAGCAACGGCGGGACGGGUAACACCAUGAAUCCGUUGUGACGCGCAAGUAGUGCGGUGUCGGGGAGAAAGAAGAAUAGUGAGCAGUGGAGUUCUUCGCCAUGAACCUGAGGGGCCUCUUCCAGGACUUUAACCCAAGUAAAUUCCUCAUCUAUGCUUGCUUGCUGCUGUUUUCAGUGCUGUUGGCCCUUCGGCUAGAUGGCAUCAUUCAGUGGAGUUACUGGGCUGUAUUUGCUCCAAUAUGGCUGUGGAAAUUAAUGGUCAUUGUUGGCGCCUCAGUUGGAACAGGAGUCUGGGCACGAAACCCUCAGUAUCGAGCAGAAGGAGAAACCUGUGUGGAAUUUAAAGCCAUGUUGAUUGCCGUGGGGAUCCACCUGCUCCUUUUGAUGUUUGAGGUUCUGGUCUGUGACAGGAUUGAGAGGGGAAGCCAUUUCUGGCUUCUAGUCUUCAUGCCGCUGUUCUUUGUCUCCCCAGUAUCUGUGGCAGCCUGUGUGUGGGGAUUCCGACAUGACAGGUCACUUGAGUUAGAGAUCCUGUGUUCCGUCAACAUUCUUCAAUUUAUAUUCAUUGCCUUAAGACUGGACAAGAUCAUCCAUUGGCCCUGGCUAGUUGUUUGUGUUCCAUUGUGGAUUUUGAUGUCCUUCUUGUGCCUGGUGGUGCUAUAUUACAUUGUUUGGUCCGUCUUGUUCUUACGCUCUAUGGACGUUAUUGCAGAACAGAGGAGGACGCAUAUAACAAUGGCAAUCAGCUGGAUGACAAUUGUUGUACCACUGCUUACAUUUGAGAUUCUGCUAGUUCAUAAACUGGAUGGCCAUAAUGCAUUCUCAUGUGUCCCUAUAUUUGUCCCACUUUGGCUUUCAUUAAUAACUUUAAUGGCAACAACAUUUGGACAGAAAGGAGGCAAUCACUGGUGGUUCGGAAUUCGUAAAGAUUUCUGUCAGUUUCUCCUUGAGAUUUUCCCUUUUUUAAGGGAAUAUGGAAAUAUUUCAUAUGAUCUACAUCAUGAAGACACUGAAGAAACUGAAGAAACACCAGUUCCAGAACCUCCAAAAAUUGCUCCUAUGUUCCGGAAGAAGACUAGAGUAGUCAUUACACAGAGCCCUGGAAAAUAUGUCCUUCCACCUCCAAAAUUAAAUAUAGAUAUGCCUGAUUAGGUGGAAAUUCAAGACUCGUAUGGACAGUAUGUGGCAUAAGAAAUACACAAAAUAGUUCUUCUACAUUACUUUGCCUACAUUAUAAACUGAAACUGGAAGUAAAAUCAAAUCUCUUCAUCUCAUGCUUUGAAUAAAUAUCACAGCCACUAGUGAAUCAUCAGUAUGUAAUAUAUAGAUAUUGACAAUUAUUUUAAUAUAUGUCAUGUGUGAGAAAGCUUUCAAGACCAACCUUUUCAGAGUUUCUAUCAGCAAGUUGAAAUGAUAUCAUAAGAUUGAGUAAUCUGGAACUUGCCAAGCUGUUUUUUAAAUGCUACUCUGCCUUUCAAAAGUAAGACUAGUCUCAUUGGUGAAACAUAAUCUACAACCAGCCUAAAUAGUUCUCUAUUCCACGCCUUGUUUCAUAGAAUAUGCAUUCUUUUUAGUGUUGUUCUUGUUAAGAUUUUCUUUGGGCAUGCUCAUAGCCAUCUUUAAUGGUCUAACUGGUGGAUCUUUCUAAUGGAGUAACUCCAUGCCUGUAUAGUAUUUAUAUGAACGUUUUAGCAACGUGUAAUAUAUUCUGUUGAAAUUCUAGUUCUGUACAGUAUAAUUAUAUUAUGUUAAAGUAUUUUAAAAGCCUAUAUAUGAAGAUUAUAUGUUCUAUAUGGAAGAAGUCCUUUCAAGUGUUUUAGAAAUAUUAAUGUGUGUCUGUCGGGGAUGGGAACUUAUCAAAGUAGUAAUCAGCAUGACCACGGCGACUGAAAAUAGUGUUGAUUUGAAAUUCAAGUUUGUGUAUAUUUAGGUCUAUACUAAUAAGUCAGUGAAGACAAUUUCAAAGCUCGAUAUAUCACAUCAGUAACCAGAGUUAGGCAGUUUUAGCUUUUGUUCGAAUCUGGCAUUCCUGUCUUGCUGAUGCAAUACCAGACUCUACAGUUCUGUUCUUUACCACUUUCAGACACCACAUGGACAGCAGAUCUAAUCUCAGAACACUGAAAAUGAGAAAGAAAUGCAAUGGCCAAUUCUAAAAGGCCCCCAUAAUAGUUUCCCCAGAAGAGAAAGCAUUAAUUAGAGUUUGAAUACUAAGACUUGCCUAAGGUGGGGGCAAGGGGAGGAAGCCCACAUCAGAACUGUGUUCUUUUGAAGAUCUGCAGUGACUUGGUGGCUAUAAGCAAUGCUACGCCAAUUCAGAUGCUUUUGUGAAUUAAUUCAAAAGUAAUUUGUUAGUAUUAUCCCAGUGCUAAGAAGAUAGGAAGUCAGAUUCGUCCGGCUUAACAAUCUUUUGACCACAAAUGAAAAGAACCGUUGAUACUCGUCCUCAGGAUCGAUCAGAAGGUGUUCGAUUUGACUGCAUAGGCAACUUUUUUUAAUUGUCUGGAUUCUGUCUAAUGUAAAUUCUGUAAAUAACUAAAACCUUUGCACUGGCCUAGGAGCAGAUAUGUUCGGGUGGGGGGUGGGGGGAGGGAGUGAAGUUUUUCCAGUUUUGUGUGUAAAAACUUGAGCUAAAAGUCACUAUUUUUUCCCCUCUACAUAGCAGUUCAAUAAACUGAUUCCUCAUUUUUCAUGUGCA